GAAUCCACAUUUUCAUAAAGCGACGUCCUCCAAUCUCCCCCAUGGAUGUCUUGUCUGACCUUCCGUCACCAGACAUCCGACAUCAUGGCUAAGCGUGUCACACAGAUAUUCACCGAGGAAAUUGCAGGGCCUGAUCCUUCGGCACCCACACCAGAGCCUAGACAGACGGAGUCUCAGCCUUUAGGCACCCAUAAACUAACAAAGGGGGUGAAACCACGAUCGCAGCAAGACCUGUCCAAGAAUGUCCUGCGCGACCAUGGGCAAGACAACCGUCGAGGUGAGGGUCUGGCGGUGCAUUCGCUGGUCAUCCAGAGAGGUUGUCCCUGGGACACAUUGAAAGAUCUAUUUACCUGCGAUCUUGCCGGGCCCGUAUCUCUUGCCAUCCACAGAGAGGAUCCUCGCAAAGUGAUCGCUGUCCGCUCUUUCUCCAGGGACAAAGCAGACAUCUGGCUGCAAGUCCUUCGGAAGACCAAACAUCCCAAUAUCAUCUCUGCAAGGGAGAUUUUCAAGGAUCAUGGGACGACUUACUUCAUUGUCGAUGACCUCCCUCUGACUUUGGAGCAUGUGGUCGCCUGUGAUAUCUUCCCGUCUGAGCUUCAGCUUGCUUCUAUCCUCAUACAGAUUGCGGCCUUGGAGCACUGCAUUGAGCGCCAGCCGAAUCAAUCCCAAGCAAAGCCUCUCCACGCUCUGACCAACAUCACCACGCUUCUCAUGCAGAAGUAUUUGAAGCCGGAUGGUGUGAUUGGGAUCGAUAGUACCCGGUGGCAGUCAGACCCGCUAGGAUUUCUGUCCGCUACUGCAUCCGUCGCGACAAUCCAAGACUUGAGAAAGCACUCCCUUAUCACCAAGCAUCGCUGCGCUGCAGGAGCAUUGGUCGGGCUUGCGCGUCUCUGUCUCAUUACCACGCGUACUUUCAUACUAAAACCAUGGUCUUAG